AUGCUGAAGUCAUUUUUCGCGGAAGAGCUUCUGAUUCGAGGUCGACAAGUCCCAAACACGCGUACCCGUCCAGUAGUUGCACAACAUCUGCAACACCGACCGCUCGUAGAGGCACGACCCAGCCUGAUGCCGCCGCCGGUCAGGGCUUUUGGACCGGCGCGAGACCCCACGGAUGUCCCUCCGCUUGAACUGCCUCAGGCAGCCGUAGGUGUCGUCGACCGCCAGAUUCUAGGGGUAAAGCGCUGCCUCCAUGGCGCUGACAGUGAAGUUGACUCUAGAAGCUUGAGCAAGUCGGGUCCGUUGCUCCAAGCAUUGCGUUCGAUCGUGUCCUUCGAGAAGGACUCUGACUGGUACUUUCUUCUGAUGCCACGGCCGCUCCCUAGCAGCAAAGACUAUGAGGACGAAAGCGGAUAUCUGAAUACGGCGUCAACCUCCAUCGAUUCACGGGGUUUCUUCAGUGAGGACGAAAAUCACCAGGAUCGUUUUCAAGGUGAAUGCCUCACGCUGGAGGAGGCAUCUCCAGGGUCCAGCCACCGCCUCUCGGAGGGCGGGGCUGACUACGUGCCUGGAGAUUCAUGCUCUCUAGGACUUUGGUCGUUGUCGCUUGUUCGCUCCGGCUACUUCAGCGGAAAGUUUCGAGAGUGGUUUAAAAUAUUACGCCAGGCGGUCCUCACCAUUCAGGACGUGAUUCGGUAUUUGCUGCCUACAUUUGCCAAGAAGGGAACAACCCCGGUGGCUGAGCUGCGCGCACGCUUUUUCAGGCGCCAGAGCGUGGCGCGUCAGAUCUUGACCAGACCGGCGCUUCUUUCCCUCUCCGCCUCUCUCUCUGCAUCGCUGCGCCUCCGGGCCGCUUCUUCCGUCGGGGCUCCGCCGCAUGGCUGCGUGACCGUUUGCGGGACUGGACGCCCCACAUCCGGCACGCCGUCGUCCGCUCUGACUGUAUGUGCGCGCGGCCGCUGCCAUCUGCCUGCGCAUCUCCAGGGUGCAGGUGACCGAGUUUUCUCAACUUUCUCUCAUCCAGCUUGCGUGCCUCCAGGGCUUCAGCUUCCCCCGGCUUUUCUCCUCGCUGCUGAAGGGACUCGCAGCUCCUCUUCUGCCCCAACGAAAGGGCAGCUUCCCCACCCUCCAGAGAGGGCUGCUGGAACAGGCACGCCACGCCGUUUAGUCGCUCCUCUGGUCUUUCCAGCGAAGGCAUGCGCGGAGAUUCGGCCGUCAACGCCCCGCGUGGCGUGUGACGGGAGGAGCUCUGCUGCUGACGCGGGCCCUGACGCGCAAAAAACUGCAUUUCUUUCUUUCUUGAACGGUCUGUCGCGGCCCGGCAGGUUCCGCCGGGGUGCGGCUUGCCUCGACCUUGUGCGACGGUCUAGAUACACCGCAGGAGCGAGCAGCGUACGCGGUCAUGCUCACUGCGCCGCGCGCUCUUCUGCGCCUUCUCAUUCCCCAGCCUUUGUCGCGUCCUCCGCGCGGAAGUUUGGGUCCCUGGCGCCGGCGUAUUCUCGCGCGCUGGCCUUUCGCGCGGCUGCGCGUCCCUUUGCCUCUUGCCAGCGAGGCGCGGCUUCGGCGUCACCGUUUCCCUCUGCCCGGCGAUUCUCAGCGCAGGCCUUCCUCCGCGGGCGCGUCGCCUGCGUCGUUCGCGGCCUACGUCGAGAGCCUGUUGGCUCUGGAGCGCGGGGGGCCGGCAGCCACCAGCGGCGCCUCGCGAGGGAGGCAGAAAGCUUCCUCUAUUCCCUUGCUGCCCGCAGCGCCGCCGACUGCGAGAAAGCGCAGGACUCCGUCGCGAAGGCGGAGGGAGGAGGACCGCGCGACGCAGGCGAGGCGGGUGAGGCAGGCGACGCAGGCGAGAGCCGAGGAGCGGAUGUUCAGGCUCCGCCUCAGGAACCCGCUGAGGGCGCGACGCACGCAGAGAAAGGGGACGACGGCCAGGCUGAGGACGGCGGGUACGCGUGGAAGGGACACUUUUACGUUAGGGGGCCGUGGUACCGCCUGCUGAAGCUGAAGCUUCUCCUCGUCGGCUUCUUCAGGUACCGAAUCAAGUUCGGCGCGCAGCUCGCCCCCCUCGCCGCCGCUGGUCUCCUGCGGGCGCGCAAGAGCCAGAAGGGGACUGGCGGGCGAGGCUCCGACAGCCACGACGAUUGGUUUCUCGCGUCGAGCUCCAGCGCCCUCCCGCCUUCUUGCUCUGUGCUUUCUUCAGCUCCCUCGGCUUGUCGCAGGGCCGCGGACGACGCCGGGACGCGACCUCUCGAGGCCGAGGCGGCGGACUGGGCGUUCCCCGGGGGGAUCCCCGAUAACACCCGACGCGCGAUGUUCAAGGAACAAGCUUUGCGAGAGAGUCUCCCCUGGGGCCUCUUGCAUCCGCACGUGGUGCGCGAGGCGGGGAAAAUCGUCUGCGGAGGCAGCGAGCGCCUGCGAGGCUCCGAGGCGCUUCUGCUGCUCCUCGUGAAGACCUGCGAACGCCCUCUCGACGACCCACAGACCGAGCGGCAGGACGGCGACCCUCCGCGCGUCGCUUCGGUCGGCGCGCCCGCUCCUUCGUCUUCUUCAGCUUCUCUGUGCCUGCGUCUGGCGGCACUCGGUGCAGCUAAGCCGCUUUCGCUCUCGUUGCCGGCGCCGCUCGCCGCGUCGGGGGGCAAGAAAGACCGCGAGAGGCGGCGCGAGGAGGCGCAGCUGUUGCAGAGGCUGCAGCAGGUACGCAUUUCUGCGCGAGACUACUCGGCUUUGCUGCCGCUUCUGAACUUCCAGUUCCCCUUCGAAGUCUUCGAGGAGAAGACGACGGAGGAGGAGAUGAAGAACUUCUGCUUCAACCUCUUCCGCAAGCGACACAUGCGCGGCGAACGCACCAACAGAUACCCGCUGCCACUCUUCGCGUCGCCUGCCGACGUCGAGCGCUCCAGUGGAAGUACACCUGGCGCGCAAGCCCUGCGCAACGAACUCGCGGCGGACUCGCGCGCCCUCCACCUGCAGUGUGGAACUUGCGGCGGACUCGAGAGAGAGGAGACGCAGGCGGAGAGACAAGGAUGUCCUAGCGUCUGCGAGCCGUCACCCGCCCCCAGCACGGCCGCGGAAGACGCUGAGCCGAGUGAGGCGACUGCGGCGGCACGUGGCGUUCGCCCUCUGGAGGCAGCGGGCGGAGACGCGGAGGCAGGCGCAGCCGCGAUGCGAGAGAAAACCGACGAGGCGUCUGCCUCUCCGACAGACACCCAUGCAGACGCUCGACGGAAACCCGUGCGUGAGGGAGAGCUGAAGGCGAGGCACCGCGCGCUCCUGGGGCCGCUUCCUCUGUUCAAAUUUUUUGUGGAGCUGCUGCUGCUGCUGCGGCGCGUGCCUUCCUCCGCGUCCCGGCUCGAGGGGGGUUCGUCGCCCUCGAUUCCCGCGGAGACUCGCUCUGCGGAGGACGCCUCGCGUUCUCUUUACGGCCGCCUGGCGGAGUUCCUGAUCAGUCAGGAGCUAUGCCGGCAGGCGAAUUGGCAGGACGCAUGGGUCGCGCUGCUCAACGCCUCGGUGCAACGCUUCCCCCUCACGUCCGCGGCUGCGCGGCUGGCUGUCGCAGACACCUUCGAGUGGCUCCGAGGCCCCAGACGCGGCGGCGAGGACGCCCUGCUGUCUCCACUCGCCCUGGCGCCAGUCCUCACGCCCGCAGCCUCGGCGCCGCCGCCGCCGCGUGCGCUCCAGGGCCUCAGUCUGUGCGAGUUCCUCUUUCGCGCGCCCUCGGCGGGGGACCAGUCGGCAGCUGACGCGCCACGGGAGAACAAGACAGACAGCCAGAGAGGAGAGGAGGGGAGCGACGCGGCCGCGAAGGCAGGCGAGAGACGCGGCGGGAGCGAAGGGCGGAGCAGCGACAAGAAGGAGGAGACCGCAGGCCGCGGCUCGGGCGCGGGCGACGGGGCCCGCGGGGCCUCCAUGAGGGGGUUGCUGACCCCUCGCGUCGCCGGCCGCCGACGAGGGGACGGCCAGCGAAGACAACGAGAGAGAAGAGAAGGAGGCAGGAGCCGGCGUGGCUGCGCGCAUCGGCGAGACGGAUCUAGUAGCGGACGAAGACGCCUCGAUCUCGUUCAGCUCCAUUCGCGCGACCAUCUCCGACGCCGUCCAAGGCGAAGAAGAAAAGUCUCUUCUCUGGCGCGAAUUCCUGCAGAGCUUGAGGCGGGGCUUGAGGCGCAGCCGCGAAGAAAAGUAGCGACCCCGCUCGGCGCAGAGGGAGUUGAGCAGACUCGCAAUUGUGCUUCGCCAGGGCAGCGACACUUGGCGGUCGCCGAAACUUUUGCUGCGCCGGGUUGUGGUUCUGCGUCGACAGCGGGAGAGGGGAGAAGUUUAUCCUGUAGUUUAGCAGGAUUUGAAGUUGCGGCUAAGAGGCUUCUUGAUCUGCAAUUUUUAGCAUCUAAAGAACUUUAA